CAGUGGUCUAGUUGGUUAAGCUCUUGGCGUGGGACUGGUAGGUCCUGGAUUCGAGUCUCGCAGGGUGCGGGAUAGUGGAUGAACACUGCUGAGGAGUCCCAUACUAGGAUGAAACGGCCGUCCAGUGUUUCCAGGUUUUCCAUGGUGGUCUAGCUUCAAUUGACUCAUGAUUUCAAUCUUUUAUGAUUAUCCAACUAAAUUCAAUCUGUUAUAUAAACUGGUUUAUUCUCAUUCCACAUUCACAUAUCUCAAUAUCAGUAACCAGCAUAACAACAGAAAUAUAUCUUCUAUUAUAUUAUACUAGUUCAUUAUCUACUAUUUAAAAAAUUAUAAAAAUCAAUAUAAUUAAGAAUAAAAAGAAAGUAAGGUAUCAUUAUCCCCUUCUAUCAAAUACCUAUCUAUGUAUGGUUAAUAAGAUUUAGGGAAAUGAAAUUUUUUUUAAAUUCUUUAUUAUGAUUGGUUAAUUUCAAUGAACCUAUUCAAUCAUAAAUUAAAGGAAUGUGCUACACAUAAUGAGUGGGUGGAUAAAAAUAUAAACGGAUAUAAUAAUCACUAUGGGAGAUAACAACAAAAAAAACCCUAAUUAAACAUUAUUGUUAUUUCGUUUCAGUCAUUUUCUUGAUCAUCACAUCAUAGAGAUUAAAAACACAAAUUAUUAACAUUCAUUAACAUGGAGCAUAUUAAAAAGAAAAUGUUGGCAAUGAAAUUAGACAAAGAGAAUGCUGUAGAUGAGGCUGAUCAACUAGAAGCAAAAUUACGUGAAAAAGAAUUAGAAAUGCAAACUAAAGAUGAAGAAGCUGCAGAAGUGAUUAAAAAAAUUCAACAAGUUGACACUGACAAAGAAACUGCACAAACUCAAUUAGCUGAAACCAACACUAAAUUAGAAGAAACCGACAAACGAGCAACUGAGAACAAUCAAAAUCAUUCAGAGAAUGUUUCGGGUGUAAUCGAAUCUACUAAACUCACCCCACGAGUCUCAUUUUACGAUACAUCUCGAGAGUCUAAUGAGCACACUUGGGACGGCUCAAUUGUGAAGAAUCGGGUUCAUAAGAUGAAGCACUUAACACACAAAGGAGUAAGAAGAAGGAAUCAAGACAACCCAAGAAUAAAGGAGGAGCCAAAAGGAAUAAAAAGUUUUUUAACGUUACUUUCUUAUGACUUGAGAUUCGGCUACCAAAAUCGAUUGUCGGAUGUAAUAGAAUCUGGAGUUCAUCCAGUGGAAUUACUCGGACCAAGGUUAGAACCUGAGGGUGAAGACCAAGUGACUUUAGAGAGCUAUUCAGAGUGCAGGAAUUUACCAUACGAAGGGACGGAUGAGCCGUUAUUUUCCGAUUAUGGGAGCGAAAGUGACGAUGAAGACGAAUACAUUAAACGGAGACGCAGCUCGAAGUUCAUCGAUGACAACUCUGCUAUGGAAGAAGCUUUAUCAGCCGUUUAUCUUAAUUCCGGAACACUCAUAAAGAUGGCAAUUAUUGGUGUUGAGCUGCAAAAUGUUAUCAAAGUUUCCUUACGAAAGGCCGAAGCUGAAGUCGCCUCACUACAGAAGAGAAUUCGACAGCUUGAAGAUGAAUUGGAAUCUACGGAGACUCGUCUUCAAGAAGCUACUGUUAAGCUCGAAGAAGCGAGUAAAGCUGCUGAUGAAAGUGAUCGUGGUCGUAAAGUAUUGGAGAAUCGUACUUUCGCAGAUGAAGAACGUAUCAAUCAGUUAGAAGAACAAUUAAAAGAAUCUACAUUUAUGGCUGAAGAUGCUGAUCGAAAAUACGAUGAGGCCACUCGAAAACUUGCCGUUGCCGAAGUCGCACUGUCUCACGCGGAAGAUCGGAUUGAAGCUGCAGAAAGUAAAAUUACAGAACUCGAAGAAGAGUUACGCAUUGUUGGUAAUAAUGUAAAAUCUUUGGAGAUAUCUGAACAAGAGGCAGCCCAACGUGAAGAGGCAUAUGAAGAGAAUAUUCGUGAUUUAACUGAGCGCUUAAAAGCUGCUGAGGAUCGAGCUCAAGAAUCUGAACGACUUGUCAAUACUUUACAAGCUGAUGCCGAUCGUCUUGAAGAUGAAUUGGUCACUGAGAAAGAGAAAUACAAAGCACUCAGUGAAGAAUUGGAUUCAACCUUUGCAGAACUUACUGGAAACUAAUUAUCACAUGACUUCUAUCCUGUCUCCCCCCUCUCGCUCUCGCUCUCUCGUUUCUCUUUAUAUUCUAUAAACUGUUACUAAGUAUUUUUUUCGAUCCUUACCCAACUGGCACCUUAAUUCAUUCAAAUAUAUUCUGCUUAUAUGAUAUACAAUUAAUUUGUAUCUUAUUAAUGUCUUAUUAUAAACCAAAAAAACCAAUGAUCAAUUAGUCUUUGAUUAUCAUUUCUCGAAUUCAUUUUCUCCUCCCCCCCUAAAUAUUGAUUAUAUUCCAUAUAUGUAUGUGGGAUGUUUUAUUGGAUCAAAAUAAUGAGAUCAAUCAACUUUGUCAAAUUCUUUUCAUUCAUUUUACUUAUGUCACAAUGAUCCAAAUGAUGGUAACAUUUAAUUAUGAUGUGAUGAUUUUUCUUUUCUUUGAAUAAAUCAACCUAUUCCUAGAUUUCCUUAUGUUUAGAACCUUAAAUUUUGAUGGCAAUUACACGUAAUUAUGCAAAUAAAUAUACAUAUACAAUAUACAUUUUCAACUUAACUAGUAUUGUUUCUUAGUUCUUUCAUCGUCCCCAAAUACCAUGGUAUAGUUGAAGGUGAAGACAGUUUACUCCCCCCUCCUCCUCUUCGAAUGCUCUCAUAUGGGGUCACGCAUAUAUUGUGAUUCAUACUCACCUCUUAGUUAGGGUGUUCUUUACUAAAUUUAAAAGACUAAAGAAGAAUAACCGGUUGGAGUUUAAAUCGGGCUGUGGGGCAUGGAAGACUCAACUAGAGAAGUCUGGAAACCCUGAUUCCAGUCAAUAGUCAAUAUGGGUCACUAGCUACCAUAGGGACGCAUCACUUGACGAUACUUCACGGCCUUGUGGAUAGGACCUGUGAGUCAAAGGUUGGGGGAAUGAUUGUCUAAGAGAAUUACCUGCUUCGAUUUUGGCACCCGGGGAAUAUAUCAGCCCAUAC